UUUGUUUCUGAACGCAGCCGAGCCGGCAGUUUGCGAGCGCAUGCGCCGGGCGUUAGACGUGUGGCUAUUGUCAAAAAUUUCAUUUUACGUUUUGACGUUCGUAAUUUCGUAAAAAUAUUCGCAGUGAUAGUGAAUUUAAAUCAAUUUCUGACUACAGUUUAGUAUAACGAUAAGUUAAAAUGGAAGUAAGCAACAGGAAGACGAAUUCUCGUGGUCAUACGAUCACGAUAGACCGAGAUUCUAAGUUUCUUCUGCGAAAAAUUGUUUUGGAUUUCUCCAUUCUGUUUUGUGUUGGAUUCCUAAUCCUCGUGUUCUACCUCUGGGGUACUCCAUACAAACGAGGUUUCUUCUGCGACGAUGAAUCUCUUAAACACCCUUAUAAAGAAUCUACUGUCACCAAUGUUAUGCUGUACAUCGUUGGGCUUGGUCUUCCCGUGGUUACGAUGUGUCUCACGGAAUGGAUAAGACUCCGUGACUAUAACAGCGGGCGUCCCCGCAAGGUCCUGGGCAGAGAGAUUCCACCCUGGGUGUGGGAAGCUUACCAAGUAAUCGGCGUGUUCCUCUUCGGAUGCGCCUGUCAGCAGCUCACCACUGAUGUGGCCAAGUACACCAUUGGAAGGUUGAGGCCGCAUUUCUUUGAUGUUUGCCAGCCAGACAUUAACUGCACGCUACCAGCCAACAAAUGGCGGUACAUCGAAGACUUCACCUGCCUCGCCACCAAUGAGAAGCUGAAGAAAGAGAUGAGACUGUCCUUCCCUAGCGGGCACUCGUCAUUCUCUGCUUAUACCAUGUUGUAUUUCUCUAUGUACCUUCAGAAGCGGUUCAACUGGCGCGGUUCGAAGCUGGUCCGGCACGGGAUCCAGUUCGUGCUGAUGCUGUUCGCGUGGUACACCAUCAUGACCCGCGUCUCCGACUACAAGCACCACUGGAGCGACGUGCUGGCUGGCUUCAGCAUUGGAUUGCUGUUUGCUGUUGUUAUCUUCGCCUUCGUAUCGAAUCUCCGCAAGACUCCUCGUUCGCGGCAGCACAACCACGAGGCUGAGCUUCGGGUCACCAACGGCAACACGAGGGUGACGGUCUGACAGUCAUCCCCCACCAGCUCCCGAUGUGAAAGUGACGCAGAGGAACUAUGAUACGAACCACCAACUGUCUCGUGGAUCUCCCAUGAGUACAUCGACGCCUGCCGGCAGUCGCAAGAGUGAACUGUGCACAAACAAAAAUUUCGUGAGUGCUUACGAUAUUGACGUUGGAAUUUG